GAUACUUCUCCCUUGUAUAAAAUGAACCCCACACAUUCAAUGCCAAACAGUAGUAAUCCAUAACAUCAAUAAUAAUAACAACAAUCAUAUCUCUAUCUACUCACAGAAACAAUUCGAUCGGAUCGUGUGUGUGAAUCCAAGGAAUGGAAGAAGAAGAAGAAGAGCAUCAAGCAUUGGAAAACCAUGAAUCUGUUGGGUGCCAGAAGGGGUCGAAGAAGAAGAAGAGUAAAAAUAGUAAGAGGUUUAGCAAUGAACAAGUGAAGUCACUGGAGACCAUCUUUAAGCUGGAAACAAAGCUGGAGACCAAAAAGAAGCUUCAGGUGGCCAGAGAUUUGGGGCUGCAACCUCGCCAAGUGGCCAUAUGGUUUCAGAACAAAAGGGCCAGAUGGAAAUCCAAGCAAAUAGAGGAAGAAUACAGAGUCCUCAAAGCCAAAUUUGACAACCUCAAUGUGCAGUUUGAUUGCUUGAAGAAAGAAAAAGAGUCUUUGCUUAUGCAGUCAGAGAAACUACGGAGCGAACUAGAGAAGGGUUGUGCAGGGCAGAAAAAGAGGCAAGAAACAAAAGACAUGGAGAUGCCUAGUGGCUCAAACAACAAAGACACAAACUAUGAGUCCAAAGAAAGUGUAAAUGGGGAAAGAAGCAUUGUGAGGGUUGAGGAGGAUGUAGAGAAAGACAAGGCUUUAUUAGCAGAAAAGUUAAAGCAGAAAGAAGAAGCAGAGUUCUUGAACCUGGGGGAACUAGGGGGCAGCCCUUUAGCCUCACCUGAACAGUGGUGCAGUGGUAGCUUAAACAUCCCCUUUGACCAAUCAUGUGGCACUUCAAAAUGGUGGGAUUUUUGAACUUCAUUAGUGCUUCUACAGGUGGGAUAUUUGUUCUGUUUUUAAUACUCUUUUUUUCUUAGUUGAUACGAAAGGAUGAUAUAAAUGCAGUAUUUAGCAUCCGAGAACAUAGAGAUUACUCAGAUUAGCUGUUAUAAAGAAUUAUUAUUCAAUGUUGUAAAAAUAGGUCUAUGCGGCCAUCUAGGCGCCCCUAGAUCGAGACGAUUUCAACCCUAGAUAAUUUUUAGUCGGCUGACCGACUAGACAUCGUAGUCACCAAUUCAAUCGAGUUGAGCGCCUAACUCGGCCGAGUUGGGCACCUAACUCGGCUUAGUUGGCACUCAAUUUGGUCAAGUAAUUUUUUUGCCUA